AUGAUUCUUUUCCUUCUAAUCGACCUGAAGAAAGAGAAUUGGGAGAUGACGGGGAGAGACCUCUUCAAUGACGUUGUUGUCUUUUUGAAUGCAUAUCACAAGUCAAGCCGAAACAAUCGAAUUGUCGUCGUAAGUGGGAAGAAGAUCCUCUUCGACUCCUUGGAAAGUAGCAUCGAGGAAAUAUACAGGAUAACUCAACACCAGUCCAGCUAUGACGUGGGGGAUCUCGGAUAUGCAUUGUGUCUCCACAGACUCGGGGAAUCCCAAAUCGUAAUAUUUACACUUGAGAAGGAGCGGAACGACGAGUAUCUGAGAUAUCUGAAAUGCAUGUUUGCUGCACAGAGGUUUGGAGUAAGAAUAAGUGCAUUCUCGCUGUUUGAAAACAAGACGAUUCUCCAAUGUUGUGCUGCAACGGGCGGCGGUUAUUCAACAUCUGAAGACGGAUGUUUGAGAUUUCUACUCUCUCUCCUUGGAACAAAAGGAGAUUCAAAGCCUCUGGGAUUCCCUGCAACCUGCUAUUGCCAUAACAAGCAAGUUCUGCUGGGGCUUGUAUGUCCAAUAUGUCUCUCUGUGUUCUGCAGGUUUGUUCCUGUCUGCAAGAAGUGCAAAAGCAAGUUCAGCUUUGUGAAGCAUGAGAGCUAG